UGAGUGCCAUCUCUUUAUUAUUUGUUUUAUAUAGAACUUUUAGAAUAAAUAUAAAUUGCAAUUUAUUUGUUAUUCUUUAAUCGUAGUGUCUUUAAUCUGUAUUUUUUAUGCUUUAUAUUUUUUUAUUUCAUUUUUAUUCAUUGUUAGUUCCUGUACAAUAUCCAAUUCAAUGGCGGGGACGAAUCCUACAACUCCUGAGGAAAUAAACACUAUCCAACUCUUGGCCAAAGGAGUAAUGGAAAUCUAUGAGCCACCAUUAGCAACCAUUAAUACUCAUUUAAAAGAAUUAACUGAAAAGCAAGAAGCUGUACACAAUAUGCUAGUUUCUGAGAGGAGAAGGCUUGAAGAUCUACAGAAUGAUGCAAUGCUUGAUGCACUGCUUGCAGACAUAGCAACAAGUAGAGAGAAGUUGACGUCAAUAUCUAAUUCAAUGAUGGGACUACACAAAAGGGUGCAAUCGUUACAGACUAGAGCAGCCAACGUUGAGAAAGCUGCUAAAAACAAGGCGGCAAGUCAGAAUCACGCUUCAAAAAGCUAGUAGCAAAUACGUACUUAAUUCAUUUGGCACUGAACUAUGAUAAAGACUGUAUUUAAAUUAUGGCAAAUUUUAAAUCAGUUUAUAUUUACAGUAUAUGUACUCAAAUACUAUUUAAUUAAUAUAUGAAUAAUUAAUAUUUUGUUAGAACAAUGACCAAAUAUAUAUAUAAGAUUUAAUUUUACUGAUAUAGUUGUUUUAUAUGUAGGAUGAUAAUCCGUUCUGAUUUGAAUGGAUAUGUCUGGCCUUCUCUGUUUAUUAAUUUAUUCCAAGGAGUUUUUAAUUACAUGUUUUUUUUUUCAAUUUUAUAUCUGCCCAAAAUCUAUUUUGAUUAUGGCAGCCCCACAUAAAAAGAAGACUUGAUAUGCACACAGUUUUUAAUCAUAAUAGUGAACAUAAUUGAGUUAUCUCAAAUUUGUUUAUUGCGAUAAUUCACUUGUUUAGUGUUUUUUUUUAUUUCUUUAUAAGUAUAACAUAUUUGAUAUAUUAUUAUUUAUUAAUUUAUUUAAUAAGUUUAGAUGUUUUCUAUUAGUUUUUGUAUAAAAAAAAUUGUAUACACUAUAGCAAAAUAUGUUUACGAGUUAUUUAUUUAUAUAAAAUAUUAAAUAAAAAGAGAGAAUGUCGAAAAUGAGCGAUAUUAUCAAAUAAAUCUGAACAGUUUACCUCUUUAAAGGUACUUGAUUUUUUUAAAUUGGAUCGAAUUAGUGUUGUU